GUGAAGAUAAAGCUUAUUCCCUUAUCGCUCGGCCCAUCCUUUCUAAGCUUGUCUUCCCCUUUCCUGUCAGUCAUAUGUCGACACACUACUCAGUGAACGCCUAGACUGACAGAGGAUAAAGAGAUACAAGAAAUAAUAACUCAAGACCAAAAGACGGCUAGCAUGAUGUCCGGCUCGACCCAGGAAGAAGAGGAGUUACCUGUCAAUCACACAGGUCCAAAGGGUGUAAUAAAUGACUGGCGAAGGUUUAAGUUGGACAGCUUGGAUCAGACUGUCCCUCAAAGCAAGAAAGAGCUGCUCAGACAAAUGUCCAGUCCAAGAGAGGAUGACAAGGAGAGACUCAACAGAAAGAUGAGUGUUCAGGAGUACGAAAUGAUCCAAGAAGAGGAUGAGCGAUGCCUGAAACACUACAGGAAACAGUGUAUGCAAGAAAUGCACGAGCGCCUGAGCUUCUGUCCCGCGUUUGAAGAAGUCUAUGAACUUGAGUCUGGAGACGCCUUCCUAGAAGUCAUCGAGAAUGAACAUCGGUUGACUCUUGUGAUAGUCCACGUUUACCAGCCCGGUGUCAAAGGCUGUGAGCAGUUGAACUCAUGUCUGGACUGCCUGGCUCUAGAGUACUCCAGCAUUAAAUUCUGCCGUAUUGAUGCCGUGGCUGCAGGCGCUUCUGAGCGCUUCACCCCUGAGGUCCUUCCUGCCCUGCUGGUGUACAAAGCUUCUGAGUUACUGGGUCAUUUCCUGGCUGUUACCAAACACUUCAAUGAAGACUUCUUCGCAACAGAUGUGGAAGGUUUUCUCAAUGAGUAUGGCCUGUUACCGAAGAAGGAGUUCACAGCAUGUGCUGAUGAUGAGGACGAAGGAGAGGAUGUGGAAUAGUAGCGGAAGGAAAGAGAAACAGAUGGAGGAGAAGGGGCAGGGAUUGGUUAAAGGUAGAGAAGGAGUAAACAUGAAGAGGGAAUAUAACAAUAAAGGGGCAUGGGAAUAGAGAGUUGAGGAAAGGGAUUGGGGAAGAAGUGGAUGAAACUAGUGGGGGGGGGGGGGGGGGGGGAUGUUACAUACAUCAUGACACAAGAGUUAGAGAAACCUAUACAUGCAAAUAAAUACUAAACAGUAAAAUAUGCCUGAAACACCGAAUGCUGCUGUUAUAUAUAUCAACAGUUAUUUGUUGUUGCUGAGUUAGAAAGUCUGUACUGAAAUUCUGCUUUGCAUCAAUAUCAUAGCUCUACAAUAAAACGUGACUCAUCGAAA